AUGAAAAGCGUACUGGGGGUCCCGCUAUCGCUCCUUCUUCUGCUUCUGCCGCUAGCAUCGGGAUUGGAAUGCUCCAAACAUGAUAUCCUAAACAAAUACAGAGUGAGUGAGGUUGCAGCUCACGGAACCGUGGCGCAAGAUACACCUCCAAGUGAAACAAAGGAAAAUUGGUGGCUCAGUAUAUGCGAUGAGAAUCGGUCCAAGGCUAAGGACAGCAAGCCAGAACAGUGUAAGGAUGAUGACACGUUGUGUGGGGUAACGAGUGUUUCUUUGCCCGGGAAAGAGCCGCUUGUUACGCGUAUAAUGGACUUUAGUGGGUCUUUGGCUUCAGAAGUGAAGGAAACGGCAGAAGCGCUAUCGAUUAAGCUUUCUGGGGCGUCAUGGGGUUCUCACAACUUGAAUGCGGAAAUAUACUUGGAGUGUGAGGAGAGUGGUGAUGGAUCGUUGAAGGAGUCGAGCUGGAACGAUGAUAAGACGGUGAAGUUGGUGUUUUCCGGGCCAUUUGGGUGUUUGAAAAAGGGAGACAAUGGGAAUGGCGGUGAUGGGAACUCCGGAGACGAGCCUGAGAAGCCUCCCGCGGAUGAAAAACCAAAGGGAGGAGCUGGUCUUGGUUCGUGGCUUGUGUGGUUGUUCAUGUAUGCGAUUAUUUUCGCCUUUGUGUACCUAGUGGUGACCUCUUACAUGAGUACCAGAAACGGUUCGUUCCAUGACUUCCGCGAAGAAUUCAUUGAUAGAUCCAAAACCUUCGCUACAAACUUGCCUCAAUUUGCCAAGGAAGUGGCAGGUAAAAUCGUAAACACAGGUUCCUCAUCUCAAAGAGGUGGGUACAGUGCUGUGUGA